UUUUCCGGUUUUUUAUAUCAGAAUUCUACAUAAUGGCGGACAUAAAGAGACAUCAUGACGAGCUUGCCAGUGCCAGUCCAGUUGAUUAUUCGGACUUGGACGGUUCCAAGAAGCAUGUGAAACCGGGUAGAAAACCCAUAGAAAGUGAGCCCAAAUCUAAGAGAACCGCUCAAAAUAGAGCUGCUCAAAGAGCUUACAGAGAGCGGAAGGAAAGGAAGAUGAAGGACUUGGAAGAGAAGGUUGAGCUUUUGCAAGACGAAAACUUAAAAAUGAAUACCGAAUCGGACUUUUUAAGAGCUCAAAUUGACAUGUUGAAGAAUGAAUUGAUCAAAGUUAAGGGUGACGACUUUGAGUUAAAUUUGCCUCAACGAGUAGGGAAAUUAACUAAACCUAGCAAUCACAGUAACAGUUCCAACACCUUGAACUCCAAAUCAUCAUCAGACUUUUCCGACUCCAGAUCUGUUAGUAGUUCGGUCAACGACUCAAGUCCUAACACUGAUGUAUCUGAAAAUAUAUUGAGAAGUGAAUUCCCAUGGUCGAAGAACAACUUGCAAUUGAACCAAACUUCUUACGAAGAUCGCUCUAUUGGUAAACUUGGCUAUAAUAAUGUUCCUGAUUUGGUGUCUGGGUCAGUGUCUUCAAAUUCCAAUUCUCCUUUAAAUGAUAAUAUAUUGUUUGAAGGAAGUGAAAGGUUUGAGGAACAAUCCGAUCCAUUCUGCAAAAGCUUGAAUGAAGUAUGUGGCACGAAGGAGUGCCCAGUUCCUAAGUAUAAACAAAAGCAACAGCAACAGCAACAACCUACAACUCAAAUUGACCGCAAGACCCCACAAGCUUUAACCAACAUACCGACAGAUAUGGGUAAGAAGGAUAGCAUUUCCUCAAACUCCCCUUUCAGUUUUUUCAAUAAUGACCAGCUCUUUGCUGAUCCUUUCAGUUUUAAUUUAACCCCAAAGAAUGAUGACAAUGACCCGUUAUCUUUCUUGAAUGAUAAUAAUUUUGAUGUGAACUUGGCAUUUGACGACGGAAAAUCCGGCAUCGAUCACACUUCUCUUGACAGUUUGGUAACAGAGGAAUCCUUAUAUGAUCCUUUGAGAAAUCAACAGAACAACAAUUUUAACUUGAAUGAAUUUGUUAAAACUUCAUUCUCCGACAAAUCAUCGUCAGGUGGAGGUGCAAGCCAACAAGAAAGUGUUCCAGCAUUGGCAGAAGACGAUGAGGUUGUACCUGCUCCAGAGAAGACAUUCAAGUGUUCUGAAAUCUGGGAUAGAAUUACAUCUCAUCCUCGGUACACUGAAAUUGAUAUCGAUGGUUUGUGCAGUGAAUUGAAGACUAAGGCCAGAUGUAGUGAAAGAGGUGUGGUUGUUAAUGCCAGUGAUGUCAACACGUUAUUAGAGCAAUCAGCUACCAAGAGGUAAUUGAUACUACAUAUUUGUACUGUACAUAUUGGUAAUGGGAUUUUUUUUAAUGAUUUAAAGUUUUGUCUAAGUAAUUCAAUAGCAAUCGGCGUUGUAUAUUUAUAUUUGGCAGUUCGCGAUUAAUUUGCGGUAAAGACGAGAGGCAAUCUACAGAUAUGGUGAAAAAACUAUUAAUUAAGGCCUCGAACAGCUAUUCUGAUAACUUUCAGAUUGUUCCUAUCAAUACACUUAUACCUGUUAGAAUUCAGCUGGAAAUUGGUGAUUUCGAAUUGUCUAUUAACAUCAAAAACUUCGAUGGUUCCAAACCUCAUGCCGCUAACAGCUUGUACAAUUUAGGUGACCAAUAUUACCUCGAUAAAACCCCCAUAGAUCCAGAAAAAUUCCAUAAAAAUGAAGUAGAAACGUCUCAGAUUCCUAACUUGACCUUUGAAGUGAACUUUAGACCUAAAUUUCCCGUCAACGGUAAAGAAUUUUCUUUUGGAAAUGAUUUCACAACUCCUAUAAAGGACUACGUGCCAACCACGUUACUUUCCGCAGGCUUGAAAUUUUUCAAUUGGUUUAUUAAUAGCACCGUCAAGGGUGAUGUUUACUGUGACAAACCCUUUUUAUACGGGCCAAUCUUGAAUAGUUGCACCUAUAUGUCCAUUGAUGAAGAUAUGCCAUCGAAACAAUCGGUUUUGGAUACAAGCAGUCAAAAAUUCCCAGAGAAUUUGAACAGCAACGUCGAUAAUAUCUUAAAGAUCCCUGAAUUCUCGUUGGAAAGAAAGAAGUUCUUCAACAAAUUGGUCAAUUGUGAAAACUUUGUAUUUGUUGAGUCUUCUAUGUAUAAGCUUAAGUUUGACACAAAUUUCAUUAAGAUGGCGGACUCAAAAUACUCAGUGAGUUUGCCCACUUAUAACAACAGCACCUUUGAUAUCAAUGUACUGAAGUAUGCCAACGACAAAUUGGACAACUUCAAUUGGAUUAUUAAGAUCGGUGGAUACGAAGGUGUAGGUUACGGGAAGCUCGGGUUGGUAGUAAACUUUUCGUUGGUGGAUGAAUAAUUAAAUCUCUACAUGUAUAUAUAAUUAAUUUUAUGGCUACGAUAC